AUGGUAUAUGGGUUAGGCAUGAUCCGAGCUGCAGCCUGCCAAAACUGGGUAGGACACAUUUUAACCCUCUUUGCCCCAAGACAACAGGACCCACAGUCUCCUUUCACUCCCACCCUCGCCCGCUGGGACCCCCCCCAGGGCUGGUGUUUGGGGCUCCUCAUCUCUUGGGGGUGCUGCAGGGCUCAAGGCGGGUCAGGGGGCACUUUGGUGUGCAACUUCUCCAGGCCAGGAUGUGGGCAAAUGCUCAGGGCUGGAAAUGUACCAGCUCAGAGAGGGGCUGAAGCCAAAAUCGCUCUUUAGCUGCACUGAGCAGCCGCAGAGCCUGAAGCAUCCCAUGGGCAACCCCCCUCCUCCCUGGUGGCUGCACCCCGGAGGCAGGAGAAGCUAUGGAGCAUCUCCAGGUGCAGAAAGUGGAGUUGCCCAGCAAGUGUACAGGGAAAAACCUCCUGCAAGCUCCCCGGGAGGUUUACAAGACCCUAAGGGAUGCUUUGGGGCUUGCUCCCUGCCCGUAAAGCCCCAAGGAUGCAGGCAGGACUGGGAGCGCGCUGCUGCUGGUGCAGGGACAAAGCCCGAGGACCUUGAUGCUGGGUGGCACCAGAAAAUAACCCCCAAAACCCCAUUAACAGCAGGAUUUAAGCCAGGGAAUUUGCAGAUCUGAGACUUCGGAGUGGGUUACAGGACUUUUCCCGGAGCAUGUGGGUGCCAUAGCUUUGUUGCUCAUCACCACCAUCCCCAAGCCAGCAGCACCCCAAAAUCACCACAGCACCCUCCGGCUAAAUACACCCACCCCAGGGACCGUGCUGUGGUUUCGUUAGCAGCCGGGAGCUCAUGCGAGCUCUCCUCCGCGUGCCACUAAUUACACAGUAACGAGCUGAAUUAAUUGCCUGCCUGCAAGUGUGCCAGGAUGCGCCCUGAUGUCUGGUUAUGGCCGUGGCGUCCCUGGGGCUGUGAGCAGCAUCUCGGGGUGGGGGCCAGGCAGACCCCCCCCUUGGAAAUCCCUUAUCCCGGAUUUCCAAGGGGGGGGUCUGCCUAGCCAAAUUUUGGGGCUGUAUGGCUGAAUUUUGGGGUUGCUUGGCCUCCUGAAAGACCCUCAUCCUGAUUUCUUUUGGAAGCUGCAGCUGCUGAUGGUCCCAGGCAUCCCCCCCGCCCACCCCCGCCAUUGUGCUUCAGCAUUUUGCUCUGAAUAGAAUGAAAAAAUAAAGUUUUUGAUGAAAAGUGACGUGGGAGGAGGGUACAGCCCCUGCCAUGCAGGGCCUGAUGGGGUUAAAAAAUUUGCGGCCGCCUGCAAACUUGCAGGAAGCACCGAGCAUCGUUUCCUACUUCUGCAAAAGCCCAGCAGGAAGGUUUUGGGGUGCUCGGGGGGAUGCUGCUUUGGGGACCCCCAAUGGGGUCAUGGUGAUGGGGAUGUCCCGGCAAUGCUGGCACGGGGACGCAGUGGCGAUGAUGUGACCUACAUUCGUGGCAAGGAGGUCCCCAGCCUGCCGCCGCCGCUGGGCCAUGAAGCGGCACAAGUGACGGGGACGCCGUGCCCGCGGGCCAUGGCCAGCCCGGCACCAUGGCUGCGCUGGACACAAACAGAGCUGACGCGCUGGGAGGGAGAGGAGGAGGAGGAGGAGGAGGAGGAAGACGACUUUGAAAGGCGGAUGGACGAGGAUGGGGUCAUCGGCCUGGGGGAGGAUGCCAGGAGCCCACCGUGGGGCGACGGCGAGGACCUGGAGGAGGGGUCCCCGGCGGAGGAGGGUCGCUGGCACCCGCGGCGGGACCUGGCGGAGGAGGAUGAGGAGCGGGGCAGCUCCAGGGGGGACGAGGAGCCCUGGGGGGCAGAGAGUGACGGGGAGCCCUACCCCGAGCUCUCCUACGAGGGCCGGUGGGGCUCAGGAUCCAGCGGCAGCCCCGUGGCGUCGCGGGACGGCCGGGCUCUCUGCCAGCCCCGCGGCUGCAGCUCGGACGGUGGUGACACCUCAGGGCUGUCGGACACCAGCCCUGACCCCGCCACCCCAUCCCGCCGGGGCUGGGGCACAGCCGGGGACGCCGGCGGGGGGCACGGGCAGGGCUGGACCCCGAGCCGGAGCCGCCUGCUGCCCCUCUCCACCGACGACCUCUGCGACGCCACCGGCAUCGAGCCCGUCCCCGAGCCCCAGCCGGCUAGGACGGGGCUGCCGGCCCCCGGCACCGCUGGCUUGGCACCCACCGGGGAGCCCUGGGGCGCCGGCACCCCCCCCGCACCCCAGCCGCACGACAGGUCCCAGGUGCCCAAGAAAGCGGCACCCACGGUGCUGCCCCCCAAACCCGGCCGGCCGUCGCGGUCCCUGAGCCCCCGCCGGCGGCACGCGGGCGGCAAGGAGGCGAGGGAUCCCUCGGGAGCGGGCGCCGGCACGGCCGAGGGCGCCCAGUACGGCCGAGGGCGGCUCAACCACCCCCUGCCCGACCUCUCCAAGGUGGAGGCACGGGUGAAGUUCGACCAGAGCUACCGGCCGCCGCGGGGCCGAGCCCUGCCCGCCCACCCCAGGGCCCCGGGCGGCCCCAUCGGCUUCAAGUCCCCAGCCGAAAUCGUCCGGGAGGUGCUGCUGAGCAGCGGGGAGGGGGUCCCCCCGCAGCCCCCCACCGCCGCCGGGUUGCCGCAGGAGUUCAGGUCCCCCAGGCAAGCCACCGAGCUGGUGCAACAGCUCCAGGACGACUACCACAAGCUGCUGACGAAGUACGCCGAGGCCGAGAACACCAUCGACCAGCUGCGCCUGGGUGCCAGGGUGAGCCUGUACGCCGACCCGCCACGGCCCAGCCGCAGCCUCGCCGUGGGCACCGUGGGCACCGGCUGCCGGGUGACGGCCCUCAGCAUCCCGCAGGCCAGGACGGCGGCUUUCGGCACGACCCCGGCCCCGGCCCCGCCGGCCUCGCCGGGUGGUGGAGCUCCAGCACCGGGACCGUCAGACCGGGAGGGAUCGCCCCAACCUCCUUCCCCCCCUCCACCCGGGGGGGGCUGCCCAGCCUGCCCGGGGCCGUGCCGCUGCCCGGGCACCCAGCUGACGAGGACGCUGGCGGGACAGACCCACAAGCUGCAGGCCCAGGUGGAAUCCUUCGAAGGCCGGAUCCGGGCUGGGAGCCCCGCGCCCCAGGAGCAGCUCCAGAGGUUUAGGAAGCUGAGGGAUGCGCAGGAUGCGCUGGAGCGGGCGUACCUGCGAGCCCGGCAGCAGCACCCAGGGGCCUCGGGGGAGUUCGAUCCCGACCGCGAGGUGGAAGGGGAGAUUUUCCGCCUGGGGCUGCACUUGGAGGAGCUGAAGGAGCGGCUGGAGCCUGGGGCCAGGCGGCAGCUCCCCCCGCAAUGCCCGAACCAGCCCCGCUCCCCUCCGGCCCCUUCCCCGCCGCCGGCCGCCUGCUCCCCGCGCCCCGAGUUGCCCCGGCCCCUCUGGCACAAGCAGCUCCGAGUGGAGGAGGAUUUCGGUGACCUGCUGGAGCAGUACAAGCACUUCAAGUCCUUGCCAGAGUCGCUGAGCCUGGAGCAGCUGAGUCUGGCAGAGACUGGGUCCCAAGAGGAGGCGGAUAGACCUGCAGCAGGGGACGGUGGCCCCAGCAAGGUCGCCUGCAGGACACGGUCACUAGAGGAGGGGGUCGACCUCGAGACCUCCCCUUUGCACCCCGCGGAGAGGAGAGCUGCGCCGCUGCCCCCCAGGGAGCCUCCAUGGCCAGGGAGGACACGGGGCCACCUGUCCCCUGCCACCGCUGAGGAGCCACCGGCCACAGCCAAGCCCCCCCUGGGGCUCCCCGAGCCACCGCGGGUGCUCCUGUCCCGCCGCAGCAGCAGGGCGGGCAGCGCUGUCGCCCAGCACCAGCCCCGCAAGGAGCAUCGCAUUGUGUCACCGGAGACGGACAGCGGCUUUGUGGGCUCGGAGGCCAGCAGGGUGUCACCCCCCGUGCACACCCCUGAGCACCAGCCUCCCGGCACCGGGACCCCUGGCUUGCUGGGACCCUCCAUCCCCAUCCCUGCAACCCUCUGUCCUCCACGGAAGAGAGAGGCGAUCCCGCUUCCCUCCGAGACGGCGCUGAUGGACAUCUACCCCGUGGGCGAGCAGGGUGGCACCGGGGGGCCCCGCCUGCCCCCCAGCACCCCCUCGCAGGGCAGGUCCCCCCCGCGCUGGGCCGAGAGCGCGGGCAGCGAGGCAGGACCCGACGGUGACGGCACUCACACGGACUCGGAGGCAGAAGGCAGGAGUUGCGCCAGCGCCGGCGGCCACCCCUCCAGCGUGGCCAGGGGCCCGGCCAGCCCCCCGCCAUCCCCCGAAACACCGUCCCCCACCCCGCUGUCCCCUGACCUGCCAUCCCUCGACCCGGCUCGCUGCGACCUGCUGGGCUCCCGUCUGGAGCGUGACCAGGCCAUCCGGGCGCUGCGGGACGAGGUGUGGCGGCUGCAGCGGAGGCUGGAGGAGAGCCUGCGCCGCUCCCGCAGGUAUCCCGAGGGAAAAGCCGCCCCGGCCAGGAGGCAGCUGGUGGCCAGCGGACCAUCGUCCCCCAAGGACGCAGCACCCUCGGGGGAGCCAAGCCCCCCGGUGCGGGGCAGGGUGGCCCCUGGGGUCGCACUGACGAAGAGACGGAGGUCGGCAUCGCUGCCGCGGGAUGGGCCAGAGGUGGACCUCACCUCCGAGUCGGACCCCUCACCCGCCGGGCCCCGGGCCACCCCCUCCCCACAGAAGAGCCCUGGGAGCACCUCAGGUGUGGUGACGUUUCGGGGACAGUACACAGGGACACAGUACCAGGCGGGGAUGCCACGGGCCACCCCAGCACCCCGAGAAGAGCCGGGCACCCCAGGGUGCCCUCGGUGCCACGGGAGCAGGACAUCAUCAGCUGGAUUCGGGGCGGGUGAUGCCGCGAGACAGCCCCAGCACAGCACCCCGAGGAGAACGCGCUGCCCGGCUUGCCGAGCACCCGUGGGUCCCCCCGCGCCCGGCAGCAGGGACGGAGCCACACACGCAGAGCAUGGCCCCGGUGGCACGUCCCCCCCAGGCUCCCGCGUUGGUCCCCGAGCCGAGAAACCGGAGCGGCCCGGACUUUGGUACUUGGCCAGCCCCGGUGCCACCGCUGCCAUCGGCUGCCUUGCACCCGUCCCCCUCGUGCCUUACGUUCCCUCCGUGCUCUACUGCUCCCCAGCGGUACCUACCUCAGCCCCAGCCAUGGCCGGGGUCCCCCUCCAACACGCUGCGGGGCACCGGCUGGCAGAGCAUCCCCCCGGGCCGCGUGCCGCCGGCCACCACCGCUGCCUCACCCUGGACCUGGAUGAGUUGGAGGAGCUGAACCGCUCGCUGAGCCGGGCCGUGGAGGCUGCCCAGAGCGUGAGGCUCACCACCACCCGCAUGAGCCGGGCGCUAGCCGAUGAGCUGAGCCGAGCACGGGACCUGCGGGGCUCCUGCCUCUUCUGAGGGUCCUGCCGGCCCCUGCCAAACCCUCCCUGCCCUCGCAGGGGGCAGCAGGAGGAGGAAGAUGGUACCCCCAUCAGCAUCCCUUCACUGGAUGCUCCCUGCCAGAUCUGGGGGCACCGGGUCUGGAGGCAUCUCCAUGGGGUCCUGCACCGGCUCCCAUCCCGCUUGCCCUAGACCUCCUGCAUCGCUUGUCCAUCUGUCUGUCCAUUUUCAGGACCACCCAAGGUGCAGGAGCGGGGCAAGACGUGGACAGAAGUCUCCCCAGACCUGCAUCAUCCCGUGGCACGCCGGGCUGCGAGCACAGCCCCGGCAGGAGGGCACCGUCCCCUGGGACCAGCGGGGUGGCCCUGUGUCCCCCAAGGCAGACGCCACCCGGAGCCGAGCGCUUCUGGGGAUGCUCUGACUUUGUGUAGGUCCUACUGCAACACAGGUCGAGCCCCCGUUGGCAGCUGCGUUUACCUCCGUGCCUGUGAGGGCAGAAGUACCCGCAAUUCCCUAUUCAACCCUUUUCCCAGCCUUUAGGCAUCCUGCGGGAGCUCGGUGCCCCCCUCCGCCCUCUGCUCUGCCCUUGGACUUCAGCCGAGCCAGGUCCUCCCUGGAAAAGCUCUUCUUUUUGUCAUUUUAUGUGAAUUUUUUUUCUCCGAGGUAGCUAGUAAGCAGCUAAAUCACUCUUUUAGGGUUGAUUGAUGAUAUACAAUGUGUGUGUGUAUGUAUAUAUAUGUAUCUAUAUAGAGGUACAUAUAUAUGUUCUGGUUUUAAUUUCCAGUAUAAUCCUUAGGGCAUUUGUGGGUUUUUUUGGCCAUCCCUGGGUGUGGCCACCCACAGUGUUAUCCAGGCAGAAAAAAAGAAGGAUUUGGGGUUUUCCUUGGGAUUCCCAGGGGAUCUGGGCUGGUAGAGGAAAAAUUGCCCCGUGAGACCAAGGCAGGGGCAGGAUCUGGCCCUGAGGGGGGUCUGCGGAGCUCCUGUCCCUCCAGGGUGGUUUUGUAAUGAGUUAACGCCUAUUUUUUAGCGAAAUGGAUGCGGUCGGAGCAGCCCUCAGAGAGGGGACAGUGCCUUGGAGGUGGGUGCUCCGCACCCUACAAACCCUGGGGGAACCCUCCAGCUGCACCCGCCAGCACCCAUGUGGAACCUGCACCCUGUGCCCCAGCUUGUCCAUCUGUCUGUCCAUUUUCAAAUGGGUCCAGCCAAACCGCCCCCCCAUCCCUGAGCAUCUCAGCCUGCAGUGCCCCCGGCUGUGUUUAUGUGUAGGACCUACCUAAAGUGCCCGUGUCAAAUUUAUUUAUUUUUGAAUUUUUUUUGUUGUACAAAGACCCACGUUUUUUGGGGGGCAAAAUCACUAAUGCCCCCUGUGAGUUACUCAGGUCUAGAGCCUCCCCAAGCGCUUGCAAAACCACUGAGCCCGGAUCCUGCAACCAGCCCGGGGGGGCCAGGGAGGGGCUGCCCCUGAUGCUGCCCUUUGGGGGGAGAGGGGUGGGUUGGGGGCAUGCAGGGGGGAUUUUAAAGAGGAUUUAUGUGUCUCUGGUUGCAUCUGCUUGUACCUGUGUCCCAAGCGAGCCGACGGGCUAGGUCGCAGCCGCACUGGAAGCUGUGACCCCCCCAGCCCAGCUGGGGCGUGCGGGGAGCAUGCAGGGAACACGCAGCUGUAUUUAACUAUCCCAAAUGCAAUAGCCAGGAGCAAAGAUGAAGUUUUUUUCCGUAUCUCCUAUUUUGUAAUGACCAGCAGAGCCAUUUGGAUGGUAUUUUGUACUAAGAUAAUCACCUAUUUUUGAACAAAAUAAAUGCUGUUGGUUGG